AUGAGGGAAGGAAACCAGUCCUCUACCCUGGAAUUCAUCCUCCUGGGAAUAACUGGUCAGCAGGAACAAGAAUAUUUCUUCUUCAUCCUCUUCCUGGUCAUUUACCCCGUCACAUUGACUGGAAACCUGCUCAUCAUCUGGGCCAUUCACUCUGACGUUCGCCUUCACAACCCCAUGUAUUUUUUCCUCGCCAACCUCUCCUUGGUGGACGUCUUCUUCUCAUCUGUAACCGUCCCUAAGAUGCUGGCUAACCAUCUCUCGGGUAGCAAGUCCAUCUCCUUUGGGGGUUGCCUAACACAGAUGUAUUUCAUGCUUGCUCUGGGUAAUGUAGACAGCUAUAUCUUGGCUGUGAUGUCAUAUGAUCGUGCUGUGGCCAUCAGCCACCCACUUCACUACACAAUAAUAGUGAGUCCAAAGUCCUGCGUUCUGCUAGUUGUUGGGUCUUGGGUGAUUGGAAAUGCCAAUGCCCUCGUGCACACUCUGCUUACAGCGAGUCUGUCCUUUUGUGACAAGCAGGGAGUGACCAACUUCUACUGUGACCUUGCUUCUUUGCUCAAGCUGUCCUGUUCUGACAUCCACUUUAAUGUGAAGAUGAUGUACCUCGGGGUGAGUGUUUUCUGCAUGCCAUUGCUAUUCAUCAUUAUCUCCUAUGUUCGGGUCUUUUCCACGGUCUUACGGGUUCCCUCCACUAAGGGUGUGCUCAAAGCCUUCUCCACCUGUGGUUCCCACCUCACAGUUGUCUCUUUGUACUACGGGACAGUCAUGGGCAUGUACCUCCGCCCUCUCACAGCUUAUAGCCUAAAGGAUGCAGUGAUAACUGUGAUGUACAUCGCAGUGACCCCGAUGUUAAAUCCUUUCAUCUAUAGUCUGAGAAACCGGGACAUGAAGGCUGCCCUGCGGAAACUCUUCAGCAAGAGAAUCUUCUCAUAA